CAAACAUAUAACAUCAUCCCCGCUUUACGACUCAUUACUAGACACGUUUCUCUUAUAGACUGCAUAGACCUUGGCAUUGAAUACCUAAAUCUCUUACUUUUCCAGCUUCAUUCUCACAAAGUACAAUUCCACUGAAGCAUCGCAACAAUGUCGAGCAGCGCCAAGUUCGCCAUUACAGACCUCCUCCCUCUGCCAAACAGCUCGGUGAAGAUCCCCCGUCUAGGAUUUGGCGUCUAUCGCUCGCCCAGAGACACCUGCAUCAACUCUUGCGUUACUGCACUCAAAGCCGGCUACCGUCACAUUGACACUGCUCAAUUCUACGCAAAUGAGGCCGAAGUAGGAGAAGGCCUACGAAAGUCGGGCGUUGCUCGGUCGUCGAUAUUCGUCACCACCAAGAUCAUGUCUCCAAAGUCAAGCUUGGAGGCUACAUAUCAGAGUGCGCUAGACAGCGUCAAGAAAAUUGACGGCGAGAAUGGAUACGUGGACCUCUUCUUGAUUCACAGCCCUAGCUCUGGUUCUUCGGGAAGGAAGACGCUUUGGCAAGCAUUGGAGAGACUGCAUGAGGAGGGACGAGCGAAGAGCAUCGGAGUCAGCAACUUUGGCAGAGGACACAUUGAGGAAAUGAAGCCUUAUGCUAAAGUCUGGCCGCCGCAGGUGAAUCAAAUUGAACUCCACCCAUGGAACCAGCAGAAAACUAUCGAUGCGUAUUGCAAAGAACAUGGUAUCAUAGUAGAGGCGUACUGUCCUCUUGUUCGCAACCGAAAGGCCGACGACCCGACUCUUAACGCAAUCGCCAACAAAUACCAGAAGACUACCGGCCAGGUGUUGAUCAGAUAUGCUCUGCAAAAGGACUGGGUUCCGCUGCCAAAGAGUGAUACGCCUUCACGCAUUGAAGCGAAUGCAGACGUCUUCAAUUUUGAUCUCGAUGCUGGAGACAUGAAGACACUAGAUGAUCUCGACGAGGGCGGCGCAGGCGCAAUCGUCAUGGCUGUACAAAAUUAAACAUUAUCACGAAGCGCGAUAGAUUAUGCCGGUCGAAGAAUAUAUUUUGAUAGAUAAAGAAUAGCGCUUGAAAUAGAGCAUUAUGAUAUUAUCGACUUCACGACGCAUUCCUAUCCAUGAUUUACGACGUCACCUGCACAGGAAAAUAAAUAGCAGCAGAGUCCAAGUGUGAAGAAAUCCCACC